AUGUCGAGAUUCCGUAAAUGGGCUCUGUCCUCCCCUCCUGCCGAAUGGGCCCUCAAUCAGCUCCGUGAUCUCCUGGUGGGCGCCCUCCGGCAGGGUCCAGUCCCGAAACAUGUCUCUUUCGUUAUGGAUGGAAAUCGCCGUUUCGCGAAGAACCACAGGAUGGAGACCAUCGAGGGCCAUAAUUUAGGAUUUGAAGCUCUGGCCAAGAUCCUUGAGGUCUGCUACAAAGCUGGCGUGACUCAUGUUACCAUUUACGCUUUCAGUAUCGAGAAUUUCAAACGGUCCAAAUACGAAGUCGAUGCUCUUAUGGAGAUGGCAAAGAUUAAGCUUAAGCAGCUCGUUCAACAUGGCGAUCUCCUCGACCGCUACGGCGCAUGCAUUCGCAUCCUCGGUCAAAGAGAACUGAUCAAGCCUGAUGUACUCGAAGCAGUCGAUCGAGCGGUGGAAAUGACAUCUAAGAAUGGGAAUUGCGUUCUAAACAUCUGCUUUCCUUACACGAGCAGGGAGGAAAUAACGUCAGCUAUUCGUGACACAGUUCAGGAGUACAGCCAGCCCUUACCUCAGUCCGCUCUAGACAAGGAGCGAAACAGUCCCUUUAAAGCGGAGCGAAUAGCGAAUACAAUUCGAUCUCAACACCUUUCGGAAUACCCAAAUUUGAGCCCGACAUACCUGCACCCAUCUGUGUCUGAUCUUCAAUCUCCAUCAUCAAGCACCACUUCCCUCUCAUCCCUUUCCCAAGCACAUUCAGAGCACGACUCGUCUAGUGUUUCCACAUCGACCACCUUACAUCAUGACGAUACUUCACCACCAUCCAGAUUGUCUAUGAAACCCACAUCCUCGAAGCCGAAGUACCCUUCUCCAGAGCUCAUCACGCCUCAAACCAUUUCCUCCCAUAUGUACACGUCAUCCGAUCCACCCAUCGAUCUAUUGAUCCGGACUAGCGGUGUCAGCCGACUUUCGGAUUUCAUGCUGUGGCAGUGCCACGAGACAACUCAAAUCGUCUUUCUCGAUGUCUUAUGGCCGGAUUUUGACUUGUGGAGUUUUCUCCCUGUACUAUGGGAGUGGCAAUGGAGACAGAGAAAGACUCUGGGAGAUGCAGCCAAUAGAGAUGAUGGAGCAGAAAAUGAAAAAGACAGUCGAAAGAAGCUCCCUGAAAGCACGUCGACCAACACUGCGAGGAGUAUCCGCGGCACUGGGAAGGAUACUAUACUUGCGCGUGCAUCUCCUUAG